GCCAGGUACUGAGCCCAGCAGUUCUCGUGCGCUGCUCAGGUGUUUGUUGGUUUCGGUGAGGAUAACAUGGGAAAGCUGGAGGCCAUCGAGGUCGAGUUUAACGAGAACAAAGUUGUGUACACUCCGGGAGAGUCCAUUUCUGGGAAGGUGACAGUCAAACUGAACCAGCCGAUCCAAUGCAAAGCCAUCAAAGUGAGCUGCAAUGGUUUCUGUGGCAUCACCACUAAGAUAAAUGACACCGCCUGGACAACAGAGGAGCAGUACUUUAACAACACCAUCUCUGUUGCUGACAAAGGAACCCUGAAGCAGGGCGACCACCAGUUUCCCUUCAAGUUUCUCAUACCAGCCUCUUCCCCAACCUCUUUUGAAGGCAGUUAUGGCAAAAUCAUUUACAGAGUGAGGGCUUUUAUCGAAACCCCUCGAUUUGCCAAGGACUACAGCACAGAGAAGCCUUUCUACCUGCUGAGCCUUCUGAACCUGAAUGAACUGCCAGACAUAUGGGGACCAUCCACUUCUGAAGUAACUCAGCAGUUCACCUACAUGCUUCUAAAAACGGGGACAAUUGUUCUGAAGGCCGAAACAGACAUGAAGGGUUACACACCAGGCCAGAUCAUCAAGGUGUCGGCCUACAUCCAUAACCAAUCCUCAAAGUCCACAGGCCACAUAGCUGCCAGCCUUGUGCAGAGGGUGACCUAUGAGACGAAGAAGCCCACCCAUGAUCUGAAGUCCAUAGUGGAGGCGGAAGGCGGUGGGGUAAAGAGUGGUAGAGAGGUGAAGUGGGAGGAGCAGAUCAUUGUUCCUGCCCUCCCUCAGUCCUCACUGAAUGGUUGUGAACUUAUAAAGAUUGAGUAUUAUGUCAAGGUCAGCCUGAAGUCUCCCGAUGUCUCGCUGACAUUACCGAUCCAUAUUGGAAAUGUCUCGCUUGACAAAAAACGCUGUCAUUCCAAAAAAGAAAUUCCUCCUUCCAAGAAGGAGCUCGUAGCCCCUGAGGCGGAAGCAGAGCCCUCAGCAUCUUCCUCCAUGAACACACCAGCAGCUCAACCUGGUCCUAGACCUGCUCCCCGACCCACACCCCGCUCCAGGAUGUCCUCCCACAGCUUCCCCAGUGCCCCUCCUACUGAGUACCACCAUGGAGCAGAAGGUGGGAACUUGAUGAAUGCCGACUUUCCCAACAAGCGCCAGUCUCAGGCAGUAUCCCCCCAUGCCUUCAGCUAUGCUCCAGGCCUCUUCUUUCCCCAGAACCAACCACCCAAUGCGUCUGCCCCAGCUCCAAGUGAACCUUCAUCUAGAGGGUCAACAGGGGCCACGGCCCCUUACCCCUCUGGUAAUGGUGCCCACCCAAUGGCAGCACCACUCAGUCACCCUCCUCCAGACUAUGGCACCUCAACCUACCCACAAGAAGCUCCUCCUUCCUACAGAGAGAGCUGCAACACAUGAAGUUCAUCAAAAAACCAAAACCAGGACAGAAACGAUGUGGGAAUUAUUAAGCGUGGACAAUGUGGACAUAUUUCCAGGAUUACAUUUUUUUUUUUUAACAAGCCCAGAAUACAGAGAGCAGGCCAGCAGGAAACCUGGAGCAAAUCGGGUUCCUUUUGGACUCUAUACCUGGAGUUUCUGCAGUUUUGAAGUGAUCUCAAACUCCAAACUCUUUUAAAAGUCUGUUUAAUGUCUUGCAUUUGAUUAAUACAAAUAAAAAAUAAUUUGAUUUUUAUAUGUUUGAAAUAGAUUUUUAGUUGUGGGUUUGUUUAUUUGCUUUUUCAGCAUCAGUGACAUACUACUAAAAAGUUUAAUACAGGAACUGAAUCAGCAAGAUUAAUUUUGAAUGUUUUGACACCUGUUAGGACAUAAGUUAUCAAUGCUACUUUUUGCACCUUUGCUCUUUUCAUGUCCAAUGUCGUUCUCAUUGAAAUCUUCACAUUAAUGACGUGUACUGAUUUUGUUUUUACCUCUUAUGUUUGCUGUUAGAAUAAUGCAACAUCACUGUGAUUGGAGCUUUUAUUUGGCCAUUUAUUAGGUGUUUUAUAUUCAGUCAUGUAGAUUAGUGCAGAUAUAUUGCCUUUCCUGUAAAAUCAAGGAGGAUUUUAUGUUUAUUUAUUGUCUUGAAUGUCUUCCUGCUGCUGUUUAUAAUAAAUUGAAUUAAACAAG